AGUAAGGACAGUAGAAAGUCUAUAACCCAGAAAGCGUAGAUAACGGUGAAGCAAGCAUGAAAAUGCUUAUUCUCCAAGGUGCCGACAAUAUUUUGUUGAGCGCAGCGAGAGACUACUGACGAGAAGAGCAAGCUGUAAGCGCCCAAAGUCAGUGCUGACGAUAAAUCGGCACUUGCCGCGCUUUGGAAUUUCUUGCUUGCGAAAUCGGUGCCGUUGAGCUCAACGUUGACUGCGACACUCAGACUCAUACCGACCCUUACUCAUCUCCUUCUCUCUUCAAAAGCUUACCACUUCCUUUGGUGUUGACGUACAACAAUGAGACCCAUUCUUCUCCAAGGACAUGAGCGUUCGCUCACUCAGAUCAAAUUCAACGCUGAGGGCGAUCUACUCUUCUCCGCUUCAAAAGACUCUGUCAUCAAUGUUUGGUACACCCACAAUGGAGAACGACUAGGAACAUACGAGGAUCACAAUGGAGCUGUUUGGACAAUUGACGUUGACUCCCAAUCCAGAUUCCUCGUCUCCGGCUCAGCAGACAACACUAUGCGUCUUUGGUCUGUGCAGACCGGAAAGUGCCUUUAUUCAUGGGAAUUCCCUACGGCCGUUAAGCGUGUAGCUUUUAGCGACGACGAUGAACAAGUUGUCUGCAUUACAGAACAACGGAUGGGUCAUCAGGGUGCCAUUCGUGUAUUCAAAAUAAACCGUGAAGGUGAUGGUACAGAUCAAUCAGAGGAACCGAUAUCCUUCUUCAACCCCAUCGGCUCAAAAGCCGUUGUCUGCGCCUUCUCAUAUGUUCCCAACCUCAUAAUUACCGGCCACGAGUCUGGCAAAGUCGCGUUAUUUGACUACAAGACUGGAGAGGAGGUCUUGAAUAACGAACGAGCACAUAUGGAUGUUGUCACCGACUUGCAACUUAGCCCAGAUAGGACAUACUUCAUUACCAGCAGCAAGGACAAGACUGCACGAAUUCACGACACGAGAACACUUAUGGUCAUCAAGACCUUCUCUACCGAAACUCCUCUGAACAGCGCAGCCCUUGCAAUUGGCAAGCCAUAUGUUCUCCUUGGUGGCGGUCAAGAUGCCAUGAGCGUCACUACGACGUCACUGCGACAAGGAAAGUUCGAGACUCGAUUCUGGCAUAAGAUCUUCGAAGAGGAGGUUGGCCGAGUAAAGGGUCACUUCGGUCCCGUCAAUACUAUUGCUGUAUCACCGAAAGGAGAUUGUUACGCCUCCGGAGGAGAGGACGGGUUUGUGCGUGUGCACCACUUUGACGAGAGCUACUUCAGGGCGAAGCCAUAUGGUGACAUUGAAGUAGAGCAGUAGAGGUCGCCCGUGUGUUUUCCAUUCUCAGUUGUUCAUAGUUGCUUUCAUGUGCUCUUUUCCUUCUGUAGCAAUACAGUGUGAAUGUUCGGACUUCGGUUGGACUGUCUGUUUUCGGCGAAACCUUGUUCAAUCUGAACUAUACCCCCAGGUAAUGUAUGCUUUGGCCAAAACUGUUACUAAUUUCAGUUCUCCGAGGUAGCCUUUUUGGUCUCCU